CCUCUCUCUCUCUCCCUCUCUCUGAGUCCCAGCCCCUGAAGGUGUCAUAACUGUGCUCUCUCUCUCUCUUCCUGUCUCUCUCUCACUCACUCACUCUCUAUCACCGCCUUUCAGAUCUUUAAAAGCUGGUGCUUUGCUGUGUCUCUCUCGAUCUCCAUUUGUCUCCUCUGGCACUGCAGGGGACUCAACCGGCAAAGCACCAAGGAAAGCUACUGUAUAGAAACGGGAAGAAGACUGAGGAAAGGGGAGAGAAAGGGAGGGAGAGUGAGAGAGAAAUAUACAUCCAGAAAUAGCAUCAGCCACAUUUAACUGACAGAGAGUGACAGUGUGGAGAACCUGAGACCUGGACAGAAAAUGCCUAUCCUUUCUAACUUAACAACCGUUGUUUUGUUGCUGAUUGCUCACUGCGGAUCAUGGACCGGGGCAAACCGCUUGGGCACCUUCAAGGUCUGUCCCUCCUGCAGGGAUCCACUGGGGGCAGGUCGGCCCCCCAGGGACCAUAAUGUUGCCGGCAGCACGUCAGUGUUGGCCCAGGGAGAGCCCUGUGGUGUGUACACCCUGAGCUGUGCCAAGGGGCUCCGCUGUGUUCCCCCACCAAGGGAGCACAGCCCCCUCCAGGCUCUGUUGCAGGGAAGGGGCAUUUGCGCCAAGCACAGCAGGACUAGUCCCACUGAGAGGCCCCACCCCACAGGUCCCCAUCCCUCACACAGUGGUGACAUUGAAAAAGCACCCUGCCGCAAACUGCUCAAUAGUGUCCUGAGAGGUCUCGAGCUGACGAUCUUCCAGUCUGACCGUGACAUCUAUAUACCCAACUGUGACACUCGUGGGUUCUACAGGAAAAAGCAGUGCCGCUCCUCCAAGGGCAUGCAGCGUGGCCAUUGCUGGUGCGUGGAUGAGCUCGGCACGCCCGUGCCCUCACAUGCCAGCGAAGAUGGCACUUUACCGUGCGAUGGGGAGUGAGAGAUGAGUCUGUCCUAUUGCUCUGAGCCUGGAGGAAGAGGAGAAGGAGGAGGCGGUGGAGGAGGAGCAGGAGCACAGGGAGAGGGGGUGGCUUUAGCAUGUGCUAGACACUGCCUGGACAGGAGGUAGCAGGGAUAAACCACUUCCUAUGGAAAAUACACACCAGUUAAUGUCCUCUCUAGAAGCAAGACACACACACUCACAGUCCAGCAGCGACAACAAUAACAUCUGCCUGAAUGUUCAACAGUUGCAGCAACGUCCUCUGCGUCGUCUGGUGACAUGCUGCAUGCUCACAUUAAUGCUCCGUGAACUGCCUCAGUGAUCCAAGCGGUAUUACUCUGAAUGAUCUCUAUAUUCCCUGGCUCUUGUCCUGGCUUUCUGGUAGAUUUCUGUUUUCCUUUUUACUUUAGGAUAGCUGACACUGCCUGUGUUUGUUCUGAUCUCAGUGGGCUGAAAUACUGUUACGCAGGUGAUGUGACACAAAUGUUUGAAAAACGUGUCUCCCUCACCGUCCUCUCUCCCUCUCUCCAAAGAUACACUGAUAUCAAUAUACCUAAUUGACAGAAAUAUUUCUUUUUCUAUUAAUUUAUUUUUGAGUCUGUAUUUCCAUCAAGUACUGCUUGAAUCUUACAGUAUCUUAUAUAUAUGUCAAGUCAGAAAAAAUAGUCAUACGAAAAAUGAUCCUGGAUGCUUCUGUUCAUUUUAUUUGUCAAAAUGGCGUUUUGACUGCUUAUUAGUUGAUUGUUUGUACAUAUGUUCGAAUUUUGUGGUCGACUGUGUGUUCUGAAGUGGCAGACAAAAAGCUUACGGCUGUUACCCUUUUCAAAAAGUUGUAAGGCAUAUUUUUAUACACGUCAAUAUAAUAUUUUAUAUAUGAAUUGUUGGUUUAUUUAAUGAACUACAGUACAAUGCCAUGUAUUUUUAUAUUGUCAGCAGUUUCUUAUUUAAAGACAGAGAUUAUUUUAUUUCAUGUUAGGGGAAGUGUUGUGCUUUAAAGGCACCUUUAUGGCAAAACUCAUCACAUUCAUCAGAGCUCUAUUCAACUGCUGUACAUCUUAUGGUUAUAUCUCAUGUUUUUAUUUCCUUCUUAUUUAUGCUUUGUUUAUUUGAGAAUUGAGAAUGUCCAUGUUACUAUUAUGUUUUAUUUUGGCACAUCAUACUAUAAAUUCUGAUUUCAAUAGAGGGAAAAAAAAAAAAGAUCAAAUUUGUUAUUGUUAUAGUAUGUCUUUCCCGAGUCCUUGCAAAAGUCAUGAAAAUGUGUGCUAUUAAAGUGUGAUUAGAAUUUAUCUAUUUCUGACCAAUCUUGUUGUGCCAAUGUGUGUGCCGUGAUGAUAGGUCCAUGCACAAAGGACCUGUAAGAUUUGCAAAUAUGAAAAUAAAACAUAAUGAUAAUAAAAAU